CCUCGAAUUCCCGAUGAACGAAACGUUUUAUAUGUUAGGUUAUGUGAAGUCGCGUGUUCGGAAAUAUUGCCCGUGUAUAAUUGUAAUAAGUAAAUAAUCACAAAAUGACUGAAGAACAACAACAACCUAAAAAAGAGCAUUGGGUUCAACGCACAGUAUUAGAUUCAUUUACCAAAUUAUCUCACCGUGCAGAUAAAGAACGAAUAAAAGCAGGCUGUGAACUUAUAAAACAUUUGAAUCAACAGGGCUCCGAUGAGGUGUCAAAAGAGUGCAAGUAUGCUCUGGAGCGACUUGUUAGAGGCUUGGGCUCCUCGAGGGUUCUUGCCAGGUCUGGUUUUUAUACGGUGCUUGUUGCUAUUUUGUCAAGCAGUGAUGUUAUUGAUGCUGAAAUGAUACUUGAGAUUAUGGAGAAAGAACUACAUACAAGUGGAUCGGAUUCAAAAAGUGAAAAAGGUGACAUAUACAUGGGCCAAAUUUUGGGAUGCGGAGCACUUUUACGCUCAGGCUGUGAGAGUAAAUGUUCUUCAGAAACUCUUAAGAAGGUUAUUGAAUUGAUAGCAACAUCCGCAAAGAAAAAGAGCUAUUUAACACUAGUGGCAUACACUUUCCUUAUAGAUUUAAUCAAUAAAACUUCUCAAGAAACCUUUGCAUUAGUAAUUUGGCCAGUUUUGAAACCAGAAUUAGCAAAGCCGUGGGAAGAACAAACCAUUGAUACAAUUUAUUUAUUAUUUACGUCUUACAAAAAGUUUCCUGAUGUUGUUAAACAUAAAUUCAUUAAGAAGAAUUUAAAAGUUGAUGAUUUAAUAUGCGAAGAAAGUGUGACACAUAUAGCCGAUAUACUUAUUAAUCCAUUACGACUCGCAACAUUAAAGCAUCCUUUCUAUGAGAUGUUUUGUAUCGAAAUAGCAAAUACGGAUUUGGUUUUGCCUUUCUGGAAUGAGGUUGAUAAGAGAUUAUCAAAACCAAAUGAUAAUAAAGAGAUCAUUGCCACAACGUUGCUGAUGUAUUUGCUAACAAACAUGCAAAAAAUGUCUGCUGUUCCAGAUUUAUUUGCUGGAAAUUAUUUACAACUGUUAUUUCAUCGAUUAAAGUUGAUCUAUACAAAUCAUAAACAUGAGUUGAAUAUUAAAAACAUAAAUCUUUUUGCAAUAUUAGCUGAAAAAGUAUCUGAUGAGAGUGUUAAAACCAAAACUAAACUUAAAACUAUAAAAAGCUUAUUGCUAUAUCCUGGCGAUUUAUCCUUUGAAAAAAUUACUGGUACAAAAACAAUUCAAAAAAUCACUUCAAGUUUAGAUUGUGAUGGGGUUAAAAAAUUGGCAGCUCUUUACAAAGAAAUCAUUCUGGCACAAUUACCUAAAAAUAAUGCCAAUUUUCCUAAUUGGACUAUAUAUGAACGUGUAUAUGCUGCACAACUGUUUAGUAAAUUAUUAAAUUUCAAUUGUGUUGCUGAUGAACAAGAGUGGAAAAUCGAGCAGAUCAAAUUCUUGAUGAAUUUAGGAAUAUUUUUAUCAAAAGACGGUGUAGUUGUUACAAAAGAUGAAAAUAAUAUUGGACCGGCAGUUGCCUUAUCAAUUAAAGACUGUUUUUAUAGUGUCUUGUCACAUAAACAAAAAAAUUUAGAUGAUUUGAGACAAUUGUUAAGAGCAAUAAUUGAUCAUAGUAAUUCCAUAAUAGUUAAAGGUGAAGAUAAUAUACCUUUACGAACCCAAUUUUCUGAAGAUGACUCAAACUGUUGGUUCCAAAUGAGUGAUUUCAUAAAAAAGUUGAAAUCCAUUGAUAGCAAAGAAACUAACGUUAAAGUGAAAAAGAUAAUAAGUGUGUUUGAAAUCCUUUCCAUUCACAUGGGUUUCCAACUGUUCAAAGAACCAGAAAUGGCCAGAAGUUCCUUACAGGAGUUGCAAACUUGUUUUGAACGAUUUAGAAGUUUAGGCUCACAAAAGCAAAAGAAACGCAAAAGCUUAACUGAGGGUGAUGAAGUAACAGAUGAACCUGAAUGGAUGGAAGUUGUUGUUGACUUAAUUUUAAGCAUUUUAUCUCAUGACUCACAUUUACUGCGAAGUGUUAUUAGUUGUGUGUUCCCACAUUUAUGUCCAUAUGUUAAUUGCACUGUAAUGCAUCAGAUUUUGUCAGUGCUGGAUCCCAAAAAUGAGGACAAUCCACUAACAAAAAGUGAUAGCUCUGACUCUGAAUCUAGUGAUGAUGAUGAAGAUGCUGAAGAGAAAAAUGGUGAAGAAGCUGAUGACAAAAAUGAAGAAUCUAGUGAUAACGACAGUGAUAAUGAGGAAAUGUCUGAGGAUCAAGAUUGUGAAAAUGAUACAGAGACAGAUAAAUUACGCAUGGCGAUAAGUCAAGCAUUAGGCCACGCAUCAGAUCAAGAAUCUGUAGAUUUAGAUGAUAUUGAUGAAGAAGAAGGCAAAAGAUUAGACAAGGCACUAGGAGAAGCAUUCAAAAUGAUUAAAAGACCUAAGAAUUCCAAAAAGCAAAGUAAACCUGAUAAAUCACUUACAAAUUUCAGGACAAGAGUUUUAGAUUUGAUCUUAAUCUAUUUAAACAAUGAACCAUCAAUGUAUAUUUGUCUAGAAAUUAUGUUGCCAUUAUUCCAGGUUUUGGAAUUUGCCAUUACAGACCCUCAUCAAAAUCCUUUGCAGGUUAAAGUACAAUCUUGCAUCAAAAAUUUAUGUAACAUCAAGAAAUUUUCUACAAUGGAAGGUGUCACAGAGGAAUUGUUGUACGAUUUAAUGAGUUCUUUAUUAAAUAAUGAUGCAUCGUCUUCAAUCAAUGUUGCAAGGAAUAAAGAAAACACUGAGUGUUGUACAUUCAUUGUUCGUUGUUCAAUUUUAAUAAAUCCUGAUAAUUCAGAAAAUGUUAAAAAUAUUACUCCUCUUGUGGAGUUAUAUAAAAAUCAACUUACUGCCUUUUUCACUAGAAGAGAUAAUCAUUUACCUAUAACGUUUUUCAGUAAUGUUUUGGGUAUUGUUUGGCAUGGUAAUUGGUCGCUAUUGCCAAUAUGCUUAGAACAAGCCUUCAAUCCAGAAAUCAGACCUUUCAGAAGAGCUUUGGGUCUUAAAUUAUUGCAAGUAUUCUAUCAAAAUUAUAGAUCUCUAAACACCACUGCAAAAUAUCCAUUGAAAGUUUUUAAAAAAUUAGAAACAAAUUUAUCUAAUAACAUAUCAGUUUUAGCAGAAUCUGAUGAAGCUAGUGAUCAUGAACAUUUUUUCCAACAACUCAUUGUUUUGUUAACUUUAAUUAAAAAAUAUCACAAAAUGGAGAAAAGCCAGAUACCUGACCACAUGGAUUGGGAUCUGGUUCAAAAAAAUGUUUUAAAGUUACGUCAAAGUAUAAAAUUCUCCUUAGCUACUAAAUCAUCAUUUAAUAAAUACUGUGCAAUGUUGAAUUUAAAUCCUAAACAAAUAGCUGCUCAGCUCAAUGGUGAUGAUAAUGAGGCUGUUCCAUCUAAGAAGCAAAAACUUCAAAAUAAUGAUGAAGAAAAUCCUGUAGAAGAAAAUGGAGUACAUGAUGAAUCAAAUGCUGAUGAUGAAUCUAAAUCUCCAAGUGAAAAGGAUAAAAAACAAAAAACGAAGGGAAUAAGCAACGAAAAGCAGAAAUUGAAAAAGCAAGCAAAAUUAUUGCGUUUGCAAGCACAGGAGGGCUUAGAAUCAGUUUCGUUUAGUCAAGUUAAAAUGGAUACUGCUGAAAAUGAUAAUGAAGACUAUAUCGAAAAUAAUUCAGAAGAAGAAGAUACAAAUGAAGCUAAACCGAAAAAGAAACACAGGAAACGGAAACAUUCUGUUACUGAAUAA